CAACGAAGUGUCUACGAUAAAAUCAUGGAAUCUGUUGACAAGACGAAUGGAGGUGUCUUCUUUUUGUAUGGUCACGGUGGCACUGGAAAAACAUAUGUAUGGAAGACUUUAUCAGCAGCAAUAAGAUCACGAGGUCAAAUAGUGUUGAACGUUGCAUCGAGUGGGAUUGCAUCACUUCUUCUUCCUGGAGGACGUACUGCGCACUCAAGGUUUGCUAUUCCAAUCAAUGUUACUGAAGACUCAACCUGCAAUAUAAAGCGUGGUAGUCCAUUGGCUAAAUUGAUUCAAAUGGCCAAGUUGAUUAUUUGGGAUGAGGCCCCUAUGAUACACAGGCAUUGCUUUGAAGCUCUAGAUAGAAGUAUGAGAGACAUACUUUCUUGCUCUCAUGAUGGCAAUCCAAAAUUGCCUUUUGGUGGAAAAACGAUUGUUUUCGGUGGAGACUUUAGACAAGUGUUGCCUGUCAUUCCUAAAGGCACAAGACAGGAUAUUGUUCUUGCAUCUUUGAAUGCAUCACAUCUGUGGCAAUAUUGCACGGUGUUGAAGUUAACAAAAAACAUGAGACUCAAGAACUUCACAAAUGAAACGGCCAAUCCAAGUAUUUUGAAGCUUUUUGCCGAUUGGAUACUACAAAUUGGUGAUGGUGUUCUGGGAGGGAGCGUUGAUGGAGAAGCAGAAAUUGAUAUACCGGAAAAUUUUCAUGUUCCAGUAAUGUCUGAUCCCAUUGAAUCCAUUGUCAACGCCACUUAUCCAGAUUUUUUGAAGAACAUGAACAACAUCUCAUAUCUUGAAGGGAGAGCAAUUCUUGCACCGACAAUUGAUGAGGUAGACAAGGUCAAUGAUUUCAUGUUGUUGCAGAACAGCUCAGAGGAAAAGACAUAUUUCAGUUCAGAUUCAGCGUGUUCCUCAACCUCAGACAAUGAGCUCCUUCAGGAGAUUCAUUCUCCCGAAUUCCUUAACGGCAUAAAAUGUUCUGGUGUUCCAAGUCACGAGUUGAAGCUAAAAGUUGGUGUACCGGUGAUGCUCAUGAGGAAUAUAGACCAUUCGGCCGGCUUGUGUAAUGGUACCCGACUUUUAGUGACAAAACUUGGUGAACAUAUUAUUGAAGCACAGAUGAUGUCUGGAACUAAUGCAGGUGAGAAAUUCCUUAUCCCAAGGAUUAGUCUAACCCCGACAGAUGUGAGGCUACCUUUCACAUUCAUGCGUCGGCAAUUCCCCUUGAUGGUUAGCUAUGCAAUGACGAUGAACAAGAGCCAAGGACAAUCAUUAGAGAAUGUGGGCGUUUUUCUACGACGGCCAGUUUUUACACAUGGCCAGUUAUAUGUUGCAGUUUCGAGGGUGACGAGUCCGUCUGGAUUGAAGUUCGUGAUAUGUGACGACGAGGGAAAUCGAAAAAAGACCGCAAAAAAUGUUGUCUACAAAGAAGUCUUCAAUAAUUUGUAAAAUUGUAUGCUUAUUAAACUCCAUAUAUUUUUUUUAUGUAUUUAAUAAUGUUUACUCUCAUUCCCGUG